CGGCCUGGGAACGACGAGUUGAAGGUCUGCCCCGAUCCGUGGCCAGCCUCGGAGCAUCCCCAACUAACUGCGCCUACACUUGUUAGUCUGACUGCUCUGCUUGCGGCUGCUGACCCCACUGCCGGCGUCAAAGAGGCCAGCAUGGAAGUACCAGCUGUCAGCGAUGACAGUUACAACCGACUGCUUAGCGUUCGUCUGCCCCCUUCUCCCCAACCCUCCCUUACGAGCAGUUCCUCAGCUGACGAAACCACCUCUAGAGUUCUCUCUUCCUCUUAUGCUGCCAUUGCAACCUCGCGUAAUGAGCUGACGCAGACGGCCGAAUUUCCUUUUCUCCACGCCUACCAUGACUCGCAAUCAAUUUUCCUGUUGACGUCUAUGUUAAUGACGCAGAAUUUACCAGCAUAA